UUUUAUACGUUUUUAAUUGUGUAGAGUUUGAAACGAGAGACAGGGUCAUCUCUCAUGGCUAUUCAUUUUACUGAGCUUUGAUAUAUGAGAACACAGGAGAUGGAGUGCCGUACACUGAAUGAAUUGAAAACACAUUUUGAGAUCAAACUCACCAGUCUUGCAACAUGCAUGGAUUUGGUUUCUAUUGCUUCCGAACCUUAUGGGGUGAGAUCAGAAUGCCAUGAGCAGCUAAACAUGAUGGAAAGAGAUCUGUCCGACGCAGAAUCAUCCGUGGCUAGGAUCAGAGAGUGGGUCCAAGAACAGCAGAAAAAGCUGGAUGAAGCUCAGAUAUUACGUGAGAACCUGAAAGAGUUGAACAGUCGCCUGGCUCACAUGAAUCACAAUCUUCCAGAGAGGCUCCCAGCUCAUCAUAACCAUGUACAGAGACAACCAAGUCAAGAAAAUCACCUACCUCUCCAAUCCAGACCUGUUACUGAGAAUACAGACCAAAACACAAGACAAGGAAGCACGAUGUCAAAGAGGCCCGCAAAGCCUCCGCCAGCACCUCUCAUGGAUUACAUCACUGUGCCUGAAUUCAAAGAUGUUCCUAAAUACAUGAAGGGACGUAUGACGUAUGAUAACAUCAACGGAGCAGUGGAUGGCUUCAACGCAGCCAUGGAGACCAAGUACAGACUGAUGAAGCGCCCCCGCUCUGGACUCAACGACAGGGACAGAAAACAGUAUCAGAAAUACAAGGAACAAGAGAACAAAGAUACAAAAGGUACAUUCUUUGUAACAGAGGAUGACCUUCGAAGACACGGUAGCCUCAAGAUGGAUUCAUCGGCUCGUGCAUCGCUGACCAUCCUGAGGCAUUGUGGGAGAAUGAGAGAAAUACGAGGUGGUGGACUAACCAGAUACACAGUUAUUCAUUGAUGCAGCAUGUAUGAAAUUCUCUAAAUUUAUUAACACUGGUUUGCUCUGAAUAAGGCCCCCAUUCCACAGAACUGAGACUCGUGGAAGACCAAAAAUUGGCAAGGUCUUUCAGCAGUCUUCAAGACCAGUGACAUUUGCUGUCUUUGUGAAUUGGCUCUGAAAUCCCCUGUAAGACCACUGAAAGACCAAAAAACAACAUUUCCAGCAAGAUUCCCAUAGGACCCGGAAGACAGCCGAAAGACCACCAAAAGACCAUAUUCCUGAAAGACAGCUGAAAGAUUGUUUCGAACCGUUUCAAAAAAUUUUGGAGAUCAGGGAGACCAUGAAGAUCAUUGAAAGAUCAAUCAGGUAUCAUGAAAGACCUCAGAGAUCUCUGAAAGUUCAUUGAAAGACCUUUGAACGAUAAAGCAAGUUUCAUGGUCUUACAGCAGUCUUUCAGAGGUCUUGCUCUCUGUAGCAUGGGGGUUUAAGCAAACCAUUCACCAAUGAAAUUUAGGUUGGGGGGGUGUUUCACAAAGAUUUAAGUGUGACUUAGAGUCAUACUGCCCAUGAUCUGAUUGAUGGAUAUGUGGUAAAGCACGUUCUAUGUGGAGGAUGUGACCAAUGCACUGAUGCGUUAAAUAAUGCGCGCAACUGAAAUUUAAGUGCGACUCUUCACACUUCAAUCUUUGUGAAAACACCUCCCUGGUUGUGAACUUGAAUGAUGGAAACUUUAUCAAAAUAUCCGCUAUGCACUGGAGAACUGGUGUUUGUGGCAAAGCAUUGGAAUCACCAAAUGAUAAGUUCUUGCAAAGAUCACAUGCACUGCACACAGAUAAGCAUGUAUGAGACCACCACGUGCCCACAUAUCAUGUAUCCCAUAUCAUGAUGCAUUCAUUGAAGUAUCAAUUAAUGAUAUCGUUAUCUUGUACAUCCUUAGAAUAGUUAUCAUUUUUGUAACCACAGGCCUAGGGCCUAAUUGGCUUCAUUAUUCUUUUGAGACCAAUUUCACAAAAUCUAACUGAGAAAAAGACAUCAAAUCAUACAUGACAAGAGACAAUGAACAUAAUUGAAAUAAGAAUAUUUAAAACGCAUUGCAACUCUACCUACUUGUAUACUGUCCCUAUAUCAUACACAAAAUUUGUAUCAUAUUGCAUAGAUGAUAAACUUAAAUGGUGUGCCUUUUUAUAUAAUGGAAAUUAUGAGUGUGGUAGAGUCUAAUAUAUGUGACAUGAAAUAUAAAUACUGUACAUCUUGUUUUAUUCUUUAAUUUAAAAAAAAAAGUGUUUGAUGGUUCUUGAUUAUUCUCAGAGUGACAUCAUGUGUAUUAUUAAAAAUAAAAAAACUGGAACCUUUCUAUGUCAUGCAUGUGAUUUGAACCCAGCAUUUUAACCUUGAAAGUGGGAGAGUUAUUCUGAAGAAUUACCCCCAUCACAGAUGUUGAUGGUCCAAUGGCAACUGACUUUGGUAUACACAUUUUAUUUUAUAGCAAAAGCUUUAAUACCAAGGUGCCCCCCCCCCCUUAUUCCCACUGUUUUUUUAUUAAACACCUAAUUUUCUUAAAUGAAUAAAAUCAACCGGUUACAGACUUUAGUAUAAAAAAUGUAUACAAUGGUACAACCACACCAAGGGUAACCCCCCCCCCCAUCUUAUUCACAGUGUUCUCUAUCAGAUGCCCAAUUUUCUUCAAUGAAUCAAAUCAAGAAUGGGGGUGAAGUUUAUCACUAUUAAUCUUUGUUAAAUCUUAGUUGAAAUGUUGAUUACCAGAAACUGAUUUUCUUUCCAUCGAUGUCUUUCCAUCAGAAUUGAAAUUGAAAUCAGGGCUCUGCUACACAAAGGUAUUAAAUCAAUCUCUAAAAGUCAGUGGCCAAUCAAGAUCAUCGUUGCAUCGUGCACUCCAUUCAAUACACAGAUCUGGAACCAAUGAGAAUGGUACUUUCAUAUUUUGUUACUCAUCUCAAACCUUUGUGUUAAAAGACUUUGAUGGGGGGAGAGAAUAUUAUGCAUUUGAUCCCCCAUAGCCAGGUUAAGUCAUUAUAGGCAUAUUCAUCUGCAUACAUGUAUUUGUGUAUAUGGAGUUAUCAGGUAUGGAUACUUAUACUCAUAUUUUUGUGGCAUAUUUGUACAUGAAGAAUGGAUGAAAAGUAUAUAAAUGAUUUUUUUUGUAUAUUGACUAA